GAACAUUUUAAUUUGUUCUGCAAACGCUGUGAUAGACAGUGAGUUAGUAAAAAUCCGACAAAGUCAAGUUGACAGCAAUCCCUGCACACAAAAAUGGACGGUAAUAUUGCCAUGAAUCAUUUGGUGGAAUCUGAAAGGGAGAAGAGGCAAUUUAAAUUGAAAAUUACGGAGCUCGAGCACCAAAUGAAAAUGGAAAAGGAUCCAGCUCGCGCCAAGUUGAUCGAGGAGCAUAUUAAGGAGUUGAAGAAACUGGAUGAGGAAACCCAAAAGAAGAACUUGGAAAUUGCCAGGGCUAACGUGAUGCUACUAGAAGCGAAUAUGAAGUUAAGAGUGGGGUCCCAUAUCAUUAACAAUUUUUAAAUAAAAAUUCCUUCACUUUUAUGCUGGAAUUUGGAGUGGUAAACAUGCCUCUAAUAUUAAUCAAUA